GGUGGCAUUGCGUCGCGCUUCAGUGACGCAGAGUGGCGCCUUCACUGUGUCUGGAUGAAAUCGGAGCUGGCGAUGCCUGAAUUUGAUUUUUCAGAUAUUUUAAUAGUUUAAUCUGUGAAUGGCGCCAAAACAGGACCCUAAGCCUAAAUUUCAAGAAGGUGAACGAGUUCUGUGUUUUCAUGGGCCAUUGCUCUACGAAGCUAAGUGUGUAAAAGUUAAUAUCAAGGACAAGCAAGUGAAAUACUUCAUUCAUUACAGCGGAUGGAAUAAGAACUGGGAUGAAUGGGUUCCUGAAAGCCGAGUGCUCAAGUAUGUGGACACCAACCUUGCGAAACAAAAAGAGCUUCAAAAGGCCAAUCAGGAUCAUUAUGUUGAGGGAAAGAUGAGGGGCAUAGCACCAAGCAAGAAGAUAGCUGCUGUGCAGCAGAAAAAUGUUGAUCUGAAAACCAAGAAGAACAAGCAGAAAAAUGGCGAUGCUGUGCGCGCAGCUCCAGGGGCCGGCGAGGGGACCAGUGCAGGGGAGAUGCCGCAGCCCCCGCGUAAGAAGAGGGCGCGUGUCGACCCAACCGUGGAAAGCGAGGAAACUUUCAUUAACCGAGUGGAGGUGAAGGUGAAGAUCCCGGAGGAGCUGAAGCCCUGGCUGGUGGACGACUGGGACCUGAUCACCAGGCAGAAACAGCUCUUUCACCUGCCUGCCAAGAAGAAUGUUGAUACUGUUCUAGAGGACUAUGCAAACUAUAAGAAGUCGAGAGGCAACUCUGACAACAAGGAGUAUGCUGUGAACGAGGUGGUCGCGGGGAUCCGGGAGUACUUCAACGUGAUGCUGGGCACCCAGCUGCUCUACAAGUUUGAGCGGCCGCAGUACGCCGAGAUUCUGGCUAACCACCCCGACGCCCCCAUGUCCCAGAUCUACGGGGCUCCCCAUCUGCUCAGGCUUUUCGUGCGGAUCGGAGCCAUGCUGGCCUACACCCCCUUGGACGAGAAGAGCCUUGCUCUGCUGCUCAACUACCUGCAGGACUUCCUGAAGUACCUGGUGAAGAACUCCUCCACUCUGUUUAGUGCCAGUGAUUAUGAGGUGGCUCCCCCUGAAUACCACCGGAAGGCAGUCUGAGCAGUAAAGUGCUCUCAGUGGAUAUUUGUCUUUUGAAGAAGGAACAGCAGUUUUUUCUGAAUCGCAGGUAAAGCUUUUAUCCUUUAAUAGGAAAGAAAAAGACUUGAUUUCUGUUUUCCCCAACCCCCCCCCCCCCCAAACUCGGACACUUACAGAUGUCGGAAGAAACCCACCUCCACAACCAGCCCCACCACCACCUCCACAACCAGCCCCACCACCACCACCACCACCACCACCCCACAGCGGGCGAAAAGGCUUCAGACACAUGUACAUAGAUUUGUUGGGAUAGAUGUCAAGUCAUAACUUGUUAUUUUCCUACUGAAGCAGGGAGAUAAGAUUGGCACGCAUCUGCCAGUAUUAGAGGAAGUGCUUGUACAUCCAACUCCUAAGGUUACCAGUCUUUUCCUUGGAGAUUUUAUUUCUCUACCUACUGCUAUUUGGAUAGCAGUUAAGAACUUUGUCUACACAGGUAUUCCGAAACGUGUUUUUCAGGUUCCAAACCAUAACUCUUGACAAGAAGCGGUCAAGUGUGUUUGUGUAUUUGUGUUGUGGCAACAACAGAUGGAAGGUUUUUUUAAAAAUAUUUUUUUUUAUAACUUUUAGUGACUUCCAGUAUCCUCACUGGUAGAGUCAUGUUCAUGUUUGUCUCUUAUUUUGUUGUACACUGGCUCUGACCUAGCGCACUUAAUUUUCCUCUGGCAAAAGGGCAGCCGAAGGGAUAAUGUUAAAUAAGCAGGCAGAAAUGUCAGUGACCGUUCAAGUGACCCUUUAAGCAUGUUGAUAUGAUUUUUUAUUCAUUUCGGUUAUAAACCUUAACCUGUCUUAAGUGGGCUCUUCUGCUGAGGUCUAGGUGUGUCUACUUAAUUUAAAAAUUUUCCCAAUUUAUUUUAAGUCAAUAUCAGUUUUUCCCUUCUCGCAUAUAAAUGUGGUUCCUCUGUAUUAUAAUAAUGUGGGGCAAAAUGGCAGGAGUUCAUCCUGAGCUAGCAAAUUGGUUUCUGUUAUCUGGUUUUGUGUUCUUUUUCUAUUCCUGGCAACUUAAGGUCAGCUUAAGCUUUAAGGCUUUUCCUUAAUUGUUUUCAGGUUAGAAUAAUUUGAAUCCAAGAAAUGCAUCAGAAACUACCGUAUGCAGAAUCAAAACAUUGUGACUUGAAAGUAAAUAGCAUUUUCUGCCAUUGCAUUGUGAAUGUGGUUAUCAUUUGGAAGUGUUUGGGAGCGCAGCAGGUUUCUGAAGUCUUUUUAUUAAUUGUGAUGUGCAUCCAGUUUCCCUUGAAGGCCAGAUUUUUUCCAUCAUCAGAAAAAGGUGGAAUUGUCCCAUUUUUUUCAUCAAGGUUUUUUUCUCUGUUCAGGAUCACUGUAAAUAAAACUCUUUUAAAUAUC